GGCCGUGCGGCGACUGGCGCAGGCGCUGGGUUUUCCGGAGGACGAUCAUCCGCACCGGCACCGACCGCCGCCUCCCUACAUGCUCGAGCUCUACAAUAGGGUGGCCGACGACCGCGGCCGGCGGCGCGGGCCCACGCCGUACGGCGCCAGCGUGGUGCGCAGCUGCAGAGAGACGGUCACCUCUGAAGACGUUCUCCGAUUCAAAAUACCCGACUCAUCACCGGACGAGGAACUUCUGGAGGCCGAACUGCACGUGCACUUCCCGCACGUGCCACACGCGGGGUCGUCAGUGCGCCACGUGCACGUGUGGCAGGUGACGGACGACGCCGGGCCAAGGCCCGUGGACAGUCGCCUGGUGCCCUCGUCGGGCGGCUGGCAGACGUUCCACGUGCGGUCGGUGCUGGCCUCCCGGCAGGCGGCAGGGACCAGCCUGGGCCUGCGGCUGACGGACGAGACACCUGGCGGCCAGCGGCGGAAGCUGACCGUGUCCCGACGCGGCCACCACCACAACAAGCAACCGCUGCUGGUGCUCUUCAGCCGCGACAAUGGCACUACCGUCCACCAGGCUGUCAAUGAGGAGCUGGUCCGUCAGGAGGCGAGUUCGGCCGGCCGCUCGCGCCGUUCCGUGCUGGACGUGCCGCCCGGCUGCCAGCGGCGGCAGCUCUACAUCGACUUCAGCAAGAUCGGCUGGUCCCGGUUCGUGCUGGCGCCGGCUGGCUACGACGCCUUCCACUGCCUGGGGCAAUGCAGCUUCCCGCUAACGCAGGAGCAGCGGCCCAGCAACCACGCCACCGUGCAGAGCCUGGCGCAGCAGAUGGGCCUCAGCGACCAGGUGCUGCGGCCCUCCUGCGUGCCCAGCACGCUCAGCAGCCUCUUCGUCAUCUUCAACCGGGACGACAACACGGUGGUGUUGAAGGAGUACACGGACAUGGUGGCGGAAGAGUGCGGCUGCCAGUGACAUUGUGCGCCGUCGGGCGGCGCCGGCGGCUGCGGGGCGCCGUCCGGGACGAG